AUGGACUCGUCUCCCAUCGUCAAAGCUCACGACCACGCGGCCGCUGCCGCCGUCGCGACCCGCCAGUCUGCCGAUACCACCGUCGCCAUCAACGAACACACCCUCGCCGCCGGCGAGUUCGCCAAUGCCGCCAGGAGCACCACCAGCAUCGAAGCCCUGCGCACCUUGAAGCUGCUCGAGCAUCACCAUCGCCGGCUUGCCGAGCUGCUCAAGCUGCCGCCCGACCGUCACGCCCCCCCCGCCGGCGAGAAAGGGGCGCUGUCGGGCGAAAAGGCCGACGGCGCCAUGUCGCCCGACGGCCUGCAGUCCGGCAAGAAGAUGCCCAGCCUCGCCCAGCGAGGCUUCGUGGCCAGAGAAAUGUCGUCCUCCAUCGCCAACAACUUGGCGUCCGCCAGGGGAAUCCGGUCCAAGUACAGAGGACAGCCCUUGAGCCCGAGCAUCUCCAACGACCAGGCCCCGGGAAACGUCGACCCCCAUCCGAGGCGAGCCGGCUCCCGCUCCCACUCCCACGUGCAGAGUCUCAUCGACGCGCAGCAGCAGUCUGGCAGGCCAACCUGGGUCCCGCCAACGCCGCCUGCUCUUCUCAAGGCAGAUUCGUCUCGCGGCAGCAAGAGCGCCGCUUCGCCCCCGCGCGUGGAACAGACGACUGCCGCCGCCGCCGCCGCCGCCGCCACCACCACCACCACCACCACCACCGAGGACGCCGGCUACGCGCGCUUCUACAACACCUUUGGCAGCCUCAUCAACAAGAUUUCCGCUCCUCUUGCCUUCGCCGGGCUCCCCCUCAUCCAAGAGGAAUCAGUCACCUCGGAUCAAGCUGUCGAGCAACAGCAUCCCGAACCCUCCGCGCCGCCGCCGCCGCCGCCGCCGAAACGCAAGCCGUCGCGCCUUGCUUCCACGUCGCUGAGCCUGGACCCCGACCUUUCCAAAAUCUACUCCAAAGCCACCAUGCGCGCUCUCGUCCGCGAAGGCCACAGCACCAACGAUUCCUUUUACGUCGUGCCGACGAGCGGCCACACCAUGUCCUACGCCAACAUUCUCACGUAUGCCGAAAAGGAAAAACGUCGCCUCGAAGCGUCCCAGCACAGCGACCUCGACCCGCACGGCCAUGCCGAAGACGACGACGACGACUUUGUCGACGCCCGGGAAACGCCGGUCCCCCCCGCAUCUCCCGGCGCGAGGAGGAAACUGGUGCUGUCCAGGACCGAAAAGGACCUCCGCAACACCGUUGAAGAGCUGUCCCUCGAGAACAAGUCCCUCAAGGAGAUGCUGGACAACGUCUCGAAGCGCCUGCACGCGUUCGAGGCCAGUUCGCAGCACUCGGCCAUGGCCCUCGCCGAGAGUUACCGCAUCAUGAGACCCGGCUCGCCGAGCGCCGCAAAGCCCGCGGACGAGGCGCUGAGGAGCAAGGUGCAGGACAUGGAGGAGCAGCUGGCGGCAGCGACGACGCAAAUCGAGCGGCUGGAGAAGGAUAACCGCAAGAUGCAGAAGACGUUGGACAAGUACCGGGAGAAAUGGGAGGUGCUCAAGGCGGGCGCCAAGGCAAGGAGAGGGGCGCAGGCCGAGAGCGUAGACGAAGUUUGA